GAGGAAAGGAGCAUGCCGUGGCACGCCUGCAGAAAAGGACUGUUUCUCAAAUCUCAAGAACAUCACUGGCUACAGACACGGACACAAAGCCUCAGUACAGCUCCUCGACUCUUUGAUUUGCAAGGAAGGAAAUAAGCCCUCUUAGUGCAGCAGAAGCAGCAGCUGUUGGCAAGAUGCGCUGGCAAAACUGAAAGAAGGGAGAUCUCCUAUCUGCUUCGUUGCCUGGGUUAGACUUAGUCUUAGUCUAGGAACUGGGAAGAAAGAAAGAGCAUAUGAGCGAGCACAAUCCCUCCAUCCUUGGGAAGAUGGAGGCAAAACCUUUGUUCAAUGUGCAGAAGGCGCUGAUGCAGCCUGUGCAGAUGUGCAUGCUGGAUAUUCCCCUCAGCGUCCAAGACGAUGAUAGCUCCACGCAGGAGAUCGGGGAAGAGCAGGAAGACGGCGUGAUCUACAGCAUAUCCCUCCGGAAGGUGCAGCUCCAUCACACAGCCAACAAGGGGCAGCGAUGGCUGGGGUUUGAGAACGAAUCGGCCUUAAACCUCUAUGAGACAUGUAAGGUACGGACCAUAAAAGCCGGGACCCUGGAGAAGCUGGUGGAGUAUCUGGUCUCGGCCUUCAAAGGCAACGACUCCACCUACGUUACCAUCUUCCUGUGCACUUACCGGGCCUUUGCCACCACCAAGCAAGUGCUGGACCUGCUGCUCAACAGGUACGGCAAACUCCACCCGCAGGCCAACGGGGACCAUGCCAGACAUGCUGUAGAUGAGCGGCUGGAGCUGAAAAACACCAUCUCCUCCAUCCUGGGUGCCUGGCUGGAUCAGUACUCAGAGGACUUCCGGAAGCCCCCCGACUACGCCUGCCUCAAGCAGCUCAUCUCCUAUGUACGCCAUAACAUCCCUGGCUCGGACCUGGAGCGCCGAGCACGGAUCCUGCUGGCCCAGUUCCAGCAGCAGGAGCGCAGCGAGGCGGAGGCUGAAGCCGUGGACCACACCAGCUGCACCUUCCAGAUCGUGGAGGAGAACGGGCUGGGGGAGGGCAAGCCGGACUUCCUCUCCUUCUCCCCGGAGAUGGUAGCCGAGCAGUUCACGCUGAUGGAUGCUGAGCUGUUUAAGAAAGUGGUACCAUACCACUGCCUGGGCUGCAUCUGGUCACAGCGUGACAAGAAGGGUAAAGAGCAUCUGGCACCCACCAUUCGGGCUACUGUCUCCCAGUUCAACAGAGUCACCAACUGCGUCAUCGCCAUGUGCCUCGGGGACCGGUCGCUCAAGCCACAGCAGAGAGCCAAAGUGGUGGAGCGGUGGAUCGAGGUGGCUCGGGAGUGCCGCAUCCUGAAGAAUUUCUCCUCUCUCCGUGCCAUCCUCUCUGCCUUGCAGUACAACGCCGUGCACAGACUGAAGAAGACCUGGGAUGAAGUGUCACGGGAGAGCUUCCGCACAUUUCAUGAGCUAUCGGAAAUCUUCUCCGACGAGAACAACCACUCGCUGAGCCGGGAGCUUCUCAUCAAGGAGGGGACUUCCAAGUUUGCCACCCUAGAAAUCAACCCCAAGAGGGCCCAGAAGCGCCAGCAGCAGCAAAGAGAGAUGGGUGUGAUGCAAGGCACCAUCCCCUACCUGGGCACCUUCCUCACAGACUUGGUGAUGCUUGAUACCGCCAUGAAGGAUUUCUUGGAUGGAGGCUUGAUCAACUUCGAGAAGAGAAGAAAGGAGUUCGAAGUCAUUGCCCAGAUCAAGCUGCUGCAGUCGGCCUGCAACAACUACAGCUUCACACAAGAGGACCGCUUCGUAGAGUGGUUCCACGGUGUGGAGAGGCUCAGCGAAGCCGAGAGCUAUGGGCUGUCAUGUGAGAUCGAGCCCUUGUCUGAGUCAGCCAGCAACACGUUGAAGGCAAAGAAGAACACGGGCAUCAUAAAGCGAUGGAGCGAUCGGCAGCCGCCAAGCGCUGAGCCCUGUGCCAGUGGCAGCUCCCACUCCAAGUCCUUCGACCAGCUCAAGUGUGGGCAGUACCUGUGCAGCGGGGACACCACUGACUCGCUCAGUGUCACCUCUGCCGGCUCCAGUAGCUCUGACGUGGAGGAGAUCAACAUCAGUUUCAUCCCCGAGUCCCCCGACUGCCAGGAGAAGAAGGUACGGGGCAGCUCGCCGGGCUCUCCCCGCGCCCAGGGCAGCAGGAGGCAGUUCUGGGAAUCCACCUCUCUGUCCUCACUGGACACAUCUGGGAUUGGCUCAGGCUCCAGCAGCGCCUCCUCCUCCUCAGUCUCCUCCACGCCGGUGACGGCAUCACGCACCCACAAACGCUCCAUCUCGGGGAUCUCCAGCUACUCCUCCCUCUCACUGCCCCUCUACAACCAGCAGAUCGACGAUUGCUGUAUCAUCCGUGUCAGCCUGGCUGUGGACAAUGGCAACAUGUACAAGAGCAUCUUGGUGACAAGCCAAGACAAGACCCCGGUGGUGAUUCGCAAGGCGAUGGCCAAACACAACCUGGACGGGGACCGGCCGGAAGACUACGAGCUUGUUCAGAUCAUCUCAGAGGAAAGAGAGCUGAAAAUCCCUGACAACGCCAACGUUUUCUACGCCAUGAACUCUGCUGCCAACUAUGACUUUGUGCUCAAGAAGAGGGGCUUCUCCAAGGGGGUGAAGAUCAAGCACGGCUCCAGCUCCACCCUGCCCCGGAUGAAGCAGAAGGGCCUGAAGAUCGCCAAAGGCAUCUUCUAGCCUCACCCUCGCUGCACCCCUCACCAACUGGGCCUUGAGGGCAGGCUACUCUGGGCCUGGCUGCCGGCCUGGUGGGGUGAGGGCAGCAUGCAGGUGGACUGACAGCGCACACGGUGCUCGGAGGGGGGCAGUGUCAGCCAGUGUCCCAUUUCCAUCAGGGCUUUUCUACACGGAGGGGGGCUGGCGUCUCUUCUUCCACCGUGUGCCACCACCACAGCCAUCCAGCUGCCCAGAGCCAGACUCCGCCUCUCUGCCUUAGGUGCCUUCUGUCUGAAAGAGUGAAGGACUGGCGACUUGUCAGCACAUCUGUCCGCCUGGGAUACACCGGGAGCGAGGGGCGCGCCAGCUGUCACCGGGGAGUCAGCAGGAACUUCCUUGGGAGCAACAGGGCUGGGUGCAUCACUGCCCAUGCUCUGCCGUCACCCAGGGCUGCUUUACCUCUAGGUCCCACUUUUCUCUCCUGAGACAUUGUGCCGCAUGCCUGCCCCUGCAGCCGCACGUGGCUGCCCUGAAGAGGGAGUUAAAUUGGGAAGGAUGAAGCCACUCAGCACCACGCUUGGUUGUGGAUGAGUGUUCUCUGGAUGUGUGAGAUGGCUCAGCAGGCACUCGGUGCUCUCUGGGACUUUGCACUGGAAGCCUGGUCAUUCCUCCUUUUACUCCCCCGAUCCCAUAGUCUGCCAGGCUGGACUCUGAUGUCCCAGGCUCCGUCAUUUUAAAACCUGCACCAAAGAUCAAAUGCCAGUGUCUCUUUGGAGGCUAAAACACCCCUCACCAAGCACGGGGAGCCAUCAGCGGAACAAGAAGGAGCCAUCGUUUUCUCCAAUUCCUGUACAGAUGUUUGUAAAUAGCCUUUUUUUAUAUGACCCGGGUGGGAGCGGAGAGGACCAGGGCAGUUUACAACGCAAAACGCCUGCCUCUGUCCGUGCCACCCGCAGAAAGUGCCACUCGCCUUGGGCUUUAAAGACUUUUUAAAACAUGGACAAUGGGGGGUGGGGGGAGGGGCUCGCAUUUUUGUACAAAAAAACCUGUUUACUGAAUUUUUUUGCAAUAUUUAUUGGUUGUAAAUAGACCAGACUGACUUGUACAUUUUACUAACCUGCCCCCUGCCUGCUUGUAUUUAAAGUGACUGGGAGAGAGCUCUCUGGCAGCUGCCUUGCUUCAUUGUGUGCAUGGGGGCAAAAGAGUCUUUCUAAGCCCCCUGGUUCCUUUGGCUAACGAAGUCCUGUGUGACCUGGGGAGAAGGGCCUCACUUGUGAUCACUGUAAGAAACACUAACCAAAGGGGGCCCCUCUGUUCCCAGACCCGCCAGCAGCCUUUCCUGCUCAGGCACCUGUCCUGGGGCCUUUCCUUCCUCCUCCUCCAUCUCUGUUUUGUAACAAAGCUGGUGUCCUGCAUCCCUGCAAGGACCCAGGGCCUUAUCCUGAAAGGUCAGGAUUUUAGCCCCUCUUGGAGCGGGUUCUGUAGGACCCCGAUUAGAAGUUGCCUCCUCGUAUGCAUGUUUCCCCCCGCGCGGGUGCUUAAGGCACAA